AAGGAAAAAGGAAAAAGAAGCGGCUGUCAGCGAAGAUCGGGAAUCAAAGAAGCGUUUGUGGGAGCGUGCGAGAAGAGUAAGUUGGCAGGAAUCAAAAUGAUGCGAAGAAAGCGUGCGGUUGUCAGCCGUCAGACGUUUGGAAAAAUACCUCUUCUUCAAUAGGAAAGCCUUUGUCGUAAAUCAGCGCUGUUUUCUCGCUCGGAUUCGGAUUGUAACCUCGCUGCUAGAACUUGCUGGGGCUUGUCUGCGAGCCGGGCAUUGUUGGUGCUCGGGGCUUUGCUGGGGAUGGAGCAGCGGGAUGAACUGCUGCGUUAUGGAUCGUCUUCGGAGGUUUGUCUGGGGAGCAGUGCAGCGAUCCGAUAAAUAGAUAACGAGAACAAAAGGGGAAGACGAGGCAAAGCAGAACGGGUAGGUGAAGUUUCUGGUGUAGGGCUUAACAGAAUGGUGAUUUCGGAUAGAGUUCUGUGACAGAGGCUUACCCACGGUUUUCCUAUCCUUCAUGAAUUACAGGAAGUGUUUCAUGUAUAAGCAACAGUGCUGAGUCAAUAGAGAGACAUGCUGAGGUCCACUGGAGCCUCAGCACAGUGUAACCUGGAAGGUCUUUAAAAUCUGAGCAAGGUGGAUUAAAUGAGUAGCAUCCAAAAGAGCAUGCCUAGAAUAACGUCACUAACCCUGCAUUUUGUCUUAGCAAUACGUACAUCUCAUUCCCUGAGCAGCAUUUUAUUAGCCAGAGUAUUGUCACUUUAAAAACUUAUUUCAGCCAGAAAUUCCUAUCUUGGUGCUGCCCAGCACAGCCAUGUCAGGGUGCUCCAAAAGCACUGCUGUCAUCAGCGAUGCCAGCAAGCAGUGAUUUACUGGAGGUGGGAGGUCUGUAUUAAUUAAAAUAACUGUAAGUGAUAUCCUCAGCAAUAAUAGCUUUUAAAAAUCAAUACUGUCAAGAUAGCCUGGAAUUAAAAUAGAUUAAUGUUUCUUUAAAGACCGGCAAGCAGGGCAAGAGACAGCUGGGGCCAUCUGCGCUCAAUGGCAAGUGGGAACGGAGCCUCCUGACCCUGCCUUCCUGCCACUUUCUUCAUUACAUGGCAGGUCGUGCCUCCAGCCAUUAAAUGCACCAGAACCAAGAUUCAUGUGGGAAGGACUCAGUUUGUUUGAGCUGCCAGAUAGAGACAACAGCUGCCCCCUGUGCGGCUAAAUGGGAGCCUGGUCAGAGAGCAUCCAGUUCAGAAGCAGGGAUCUGCAGUGUGUGCAGGAGCAGAUAUGGUCAGGGAGGAGUGGGGCAUGGGGGCAGCUGUGCACCUGAGGAGCUGGGCAGCACAAGGCAGAGGUGUGAGGCUUCCUGACCUGCACAAGUUUGCUCCAGUUUCAACCAUCACAGCUGUUUGCUGGUUUUGAGAAGGGUUUUUUUUGUUUUUGUUUUUGUGUUUUUUUUAUGUUGGCACAUCUCCCAGUUCACAAGGAAAGGUUAUCUUCCAGUGCAACUCUAUCCCCCAUCAAUGUGGGAUUUGAAGAUUCCAGCUCUGAUAAUUAUUUUUUGUCCCUGUUUUGUAUAUUAAGACCGUACUGAAGUGCUUGUGUGCCUGGCUGAGGCUGCUGUGCCUGGAUAUCCCAGCACAGCUGUGUGCUGAGCUCACCCAGCCCUUUGCCAGACAGGGCACAGAGCAGCAUGGGUCCAGGCAUGCACACCCAGCCUCAGUGUCAGGCUCUGGGAAUGCCCCCCAGGCCUCUCCCAGCAGCUCCUGAAGAUAAAUUUGGCCCUUUUCAGUUAAUGAGAACGCUCAUAUUCCUAUUGCAUGUUUUCCAUUGUAAGCCGAUAGUUUCUGGCAUGUGUGGUGUCCCUUUGAUUGGAAUUCAUUCAGAAGCUUCCACUCACAGGCACUGUGAAGCCAGGCACAGCUCAGCUGACACAGCCAUUCAUCACAGCCACACGUGAGCCUAGCGUGGAGCUGCAUCCAUUCUUGACACUGUGGCCUCAUCCCAGUGCUGGCACCAACCUCAGGAGCAGCUCAGAACCCGCUGGGUCAGCUCACUGCCCCUCAGCCUCUGCACAUAAGAUACAGAGACUUUGUUCACCUCUCUAGUUUGUAAGGCUGGCAUGGAGUACGUCAUGCUCUGCCACUCCUUCUGGCAUCUGUCCUUCGUAUGGCAGUCAUGAAACCUGCCACAGCACUUAUGCAACUUCCAUUAAUGCAAUUAAACUAAAUACCAAAAGACUAGCAGCCAGACUCUGAGUCUGCAAAGAUCCUCCUGAGGCACAGAAGUAUCUCAGCUUUUUGAGCUGCUGAGUGUUAUCUCACUAGUAAUGUAUGAGCAUUUAGCUGGGCAUCACCAACCAGCUGAGCACAGGGAAGGACGCCGGAGUCUGGAUGUCCUACUUAGCAGCAAUAGGAUGGGAGGUGAUGGCCUCAAGUUGUGCCAGGAGAGGUUCAGAUUGGUCAUUAGGAAACAUUUCUUCUUAGAAAGAGUGGUGAUGCAUUGGAACAGGCUGCCCUGGGAGGUGGAGUCACCAAGAAAAGGCUGGGUGUCACACCAGCAUGGUCUACAGCAGUCACAGGCAUGGUCUGGUGGUUGCACUCAAUGGUUUUUAGUGCUCUUUCCAACCUUCACAUGUCUAAAGGUGCCCCACCUGUGUCUGCAGUGCUUGGGUGAGGCUCUGCAGGGCUGCUCAUGUGUUCUGUCUGCAAGUGUUCACCUCUUCCUGUGGCACCAGGUGCUCUGUCAGUUCCUCCAGUUCAGCUUGCUUCUAAACUGAUCUCAGUGCUGCAGCUGGUUGGGCUUUCCAACUGUUCUUCUUAGUAUUUCCUCUCCCAGCAAAUAAAUUCUCUACACAGAAGGCUGUGGGCAUCAGGCUUUCUGAGGUCCCGUGUUUCAAGCUGAGUGCCGCAGUUGAUAUGGCACGCAAGGAAGAGAUGCCAUCAGUGGGACCUGGAUGAACUCGGAAGGUGAGUCCAUGUGAACUUAAUGAGGUUCAACAGAGCCAAGUGUGGAGUUGCACUUGGGCCAGGACCAUCAGGUGUGGGUACAGACUGGAAGAAUUCCUUGAGAGCAGCUCUGCUGAGGGAUCCUGGUAGAUGGAAAACUGAACUGGAGCCAGCAGUGUGUGCUUGCAGCCCUUCCAGAAUUUCAUCUGCACGUCUCAUGCUGCAGAUGGCCUUACCUCUGUAAACUUAAUGACACAGAGAUUGUCUGCAUUUAUACAUAGUAACAUCAGCGUAGUACAAUGGGGUUGGGAUUUCUAGGCUCCUCCACAAUCAGAAGAAUAAAUCACUUGUUAUUUCUGGCUAGGGGCUGCUAUGUCCAUGGGGCAGAUUUGUCUUGCCUUUGGGGUUUGUGUGGCUGUUGAGUGAGGGCUCACAGUCAAGUUGGCCAGAGCUGCAGCUUGGAUCUGAGCACCUUCAUCUUUCUUGGCUUUCUGUUGUGGUUUUUUUUUGUUUGUUUGUUUGUUUUUGAGUUUUUGGGGUUUUUUUUGUGGUUUUGGUAGAUAUUUAAAACAAACAACAACAAAAAAAACCUUCUGACUUGAACUUCUGAAUGUCCUCAUUGCGCUUGCUUUAUAAAUGCAUCAAAUUAUUGAGAUUGAUGGAGGGUCCAAGUCCCUCCUUGUAUUAAUGUACAUCUUGGGAGACAGAGUUUCUUGCUAUGAAUAUCUUACAGGAAUAGAACAUUUGUUCUGUAUGAAAAUUACAGCCAAUUAUUUUGUACUGUCUCACACUGGGUCCUGUUCUGGUAACUGUCACACUCAGAAAGGAUCCUCUGUGCCUUCGUUAGUGCUGUCCUCACCCAAGGUCCAGCAGACCAGGUGUCAGUGAUGGGCACCAAGGCCUGGGCUUGUGCAGGGAUGUCAGCAGGUAGAAUCACAGCAUAUUUGUGCUGAUCAAGAGCUCAGUUCUUGCAGGUUCCAUCGCCCCUGGGGGUGGCACCUGGGAGGUUAUGGCAGAAUCCCUCCUUGGUGUUGCUUUGGAGGAGGGCAGAAAGCUCAGGAGCAGAUUUCCCAUCAUGUGUAACCCUGAGCCUGAUCCUCUUAUUUCCAGGGAGGACUCCUGAAGAUGACUGCAUUGGAUUCUUGUAGUUUUGAAACCACAUCUGCAUGUGUUCAGGAAUGUUUAUGAUACCCCAGUGCAGGCAGGCUGCUGGGCUGCAAACUGCCAUUACAAAUGGCAGUUGCAAUUGAACGGAAAGAAGCAGGCUGUCCAUGAAGGAGGUGGGCGACGGGCUGCACCAGCAGAUGAACUGCAUGAUGGGCGCACUGCAGGAGCUAAAGCUGCUCCAGGUCCAGGCAGCUUUGGAGCAGUUGGAGAUCUCGGGGGGCCGAGGCCCCGUCCCUGAGCAGCACCCGCACUGUCAGGGUGGCACAGAGGGGCCGGAGGAGCGGCCACGGAGCCGAGCAGGAGCUGGGGGCUGCAGCCCUUCAUCCCUCACCUGCUCUGUGCCACAGCCAGCAUUGCCCCGUCCCACCUCACUCCCAGAGAGCGGCCGCCUCGGAGACGCCAUCCCCUCUUCUUCCUCCUCUUCCUCCUCCUGCGGCCAGGACAGCUCCCGCUCCAAGGGACCUUCCCCAGCUCCAGCCAGAACAGAGCGCGCACAUCCCAGGACGUCUGAGUGCAGCAGCCAAGGCAUGGCUGGGGGAUGGACUGUGUGUGAUGAAAGCCGUGACUGGACAUCCUCCCUCAUGUCCCAGAGCAGAAACAGGCAGCCCCUGGUCCUGGGAGAUAACAUCUUCGCCGACCUGGUUGGGAACUGGUUGGACCUGCCAGAGCUGGACAAGAAAGGGGAGAAGGGCGAAGCAUCGCUGUCUGCUGGCAGGUCCCAGGAGCUCUGCAGGAAGUUCUCCCUCACAGCCAACAUCUUCAAGAAGUUCCUGAGGAGCGUUCGGCCAGACCGGGAUCGGCUUCUCAAGGAGAAGCCUUGCUGGCUGCCGCCUGAAGACAAGCAGCCCGAGAUUUCUAAGAGACCCAAAAAGACAAACAAACUCAAGGGGACAUUUUACUUCCCUCUUCAUGGGAACAUCCAGAACCAUCACAGCAAAGCGGAGAGGUGCCCGAAAGUGGAAAGCCAUAUGGAGAAACCUAAAAUGGGCACCAAGAAAGUCCGUGAUACUGUAGACUACACCCAGUCCGGGUUUGAUAUCAAUACAGCUGUUUGGGUCUGAGUUGGUCGAUGGCUUCCCCAAGCAUCUUCCAAACCAGAGACUGAGGCCAUGCGCUGUGCCCUGCCAGGACCGAGCAGGCAGAGCUCCCCAUGGAGUGAGCUGUGGCUUUGGCCAUCAGCACAUGGCAUCUCUGCUGGCUCAGCCCCUUGAAAGCCCUCAGGAGCUGUUUGUGAAAACCAUCAGCUUCUUUGGCAGCUUUUGGGGUGAGCCAGCUCCCAGAGCCUGCCUCACUGACAGCAGAUUCAGGUCACCUCUGGUUGAAACAGCGGCAGGACAAAGUUCACUGUGUGCGUGUGUGUGUGUAUGAGUGUGCAAAUAUACAUAUAAUUUUUUAAGAAAAAUCUUCUCCUGCUUGCAUGCACUUAAAACUGGGUUCUGAGCCUGACAAUUUCAACAGUGAUGACCCCAAAGGACUUCUUUGAAAGGAAGGAAAAUUCUGAAUUCAGAAGACAGCCGUGCUCAGACAGUCGCCCACUGCAGGUGUUGGAUCCCAGCUCUGCUGCGUUUCAGCUGGUUUUUCCACCCAGGCUGCAUCUCUGCUGUACCUGCAGCACUCUCCUUCCCCUGCAGACAGAGCAGCAGGAUGAGAUCCGUGCUCAGAGAGCUGUGACAUUGGCCCAUUUCAGCAGCUUUGCCUCUUUCCCCACACUCUUCUCCCAGGGGUCACAUGGAGACACAACACAACGUUGCCACGGAUGUUGCUUGUUAUCAUUGCACUGUGACACAGUUUUGCAAGAGACCUUUGUUAUCCUUUUGUUUCUUAUGCUGUGGUGUACAAACCCUGUCCUGAAAGAACCAAGUUCUUCAGCGUCCCGCUCUCCAAGAGCAACCAAUAAAGCAGCAUCAUCCCUA